CACCUCUACCUCCAGUAUGCCACAGCUAGAACCAGUGGAUGGUGAAAACACCGGUACUCCCCUCUCAGAUGAUGAAGAAUCUCUCCCAUCAUUAGAUCAAGCUAGUGUCAGUGUUAGUGCUAUGCCAAUGCUCAAUUAUCUUGCUGGAGGUGGGAUUGGAGAUGCUCCAGUGAUUCAAAGUGUGAACAGAGAUGAUGUAGUGCGACCAACAAAGAAAUCCAAAAUAACGGUUGGCAUCAGAAAGAAGAAGGCAGGGAAACAGGUUGCAGAUAAAGAUGAACAGCUAAGUAAAGAUGUAGCUGAACUUGCUGAAGCAAACCAAGGUAUCGUGGAAAAGAUAACAGCCCAACGGAAGAGUUCAGGACGGCUGCAGUACAAAGUGCAGUGGUUGGGCUACGAUGUAAAAGAUGACAGCUGGGAGCCAUUGAACCACAUCGACUCAGCUCACUCUCAAAAAAUCCUCAAGAGAUACUUAGCUGAACAAAAAUAGCUUUGACUUGUACUUGAUUGUAUUGUUGUACAAAUUAAUAAAACAGCAUUUAGUUUUUAAUAA